GGCCGGAAGCGGCGGCUGAAGUGUUGUAACGGGAAGUGAGAAAUGGAGGCAGCCGUGUUCAUUUUAUCCCUUGUUGACUGCUGCGCUUUGAUAUUUCUCUCCGUUUACUUCAUCAUCACUUUAUCUGAUCUGGAAUGUGACUACAUAAAUGCUCGAGCCUGCUGCUCAAAGUUAAACAAAUGGAUUAUACCGGAGAUAAUAGGCCAGGCUCUGGCGACUGUGUUAAUGCUGGUUUCCAUGCACUGGUUUGUGUUCAUUCUCAACCUGCCUGUGGCAGCAUGGAAUAUUUACAGAUACACGAAGGUUCCGAUGGGAAACAUGGGAGUCUAUGAUCCGACAGAGAUUCACAACAGAGGUCAGCUGAAGUCCCACAUGAAGGAAGCCAUGAUCAAACUGGGCUUCCACCUUCUCUGCUUCUUCAUUUACCUGUACAGCAUGAUCCUGGCACUGAUCAACGAUUGACCUGCAGCAGUCUUCCCAACACAACCUGCCAAAUCAUAAACUGGCCUUUAUGUUUUGUGAACAAUGCUCUAAUCAGAACAACAACCCCAUCUCUCCUGAAGACAUCAUAUCACUUAUUACAUUACAGAAAACUACAACCCAAGCCUGGUGACGUCAAACCCCUGGAUGAACUGUGAAACAUAUUUCAUAUGGUGUUUUUUGACCAUGUAACGUGUUUUAUGUGUGAGUUGGACUUGAAUGAUCUUGCACUGCUUACCAGGGCUGAAGCAUCAGGACAAUACCACUAGACCCUUGGACCUUCUGCUCGGCAAAUUACGGUUUCAGGUCACACUUCAGCCCCAAAACAAAGACAGCUACAAGAAAUUCUAUUUUACACAAAUAAAAUAAAGCAUAUUUUUAAAUCCAUUAGGAGUGUUGCAUUGUGAUAAUAUUUAAGCAGUUUUCCACAAGUUCUUCCUGUAAUGUACCCAGUUUUUUUGUAAUUCUUUUGUUAUAAAUAAUGUCACAAUGCAAAAAAAUGGGCUUUAUUUUAAUGAAGAUAUAAAAUAUAGUUUACAUUUUGUUCUUAUGGUUUUGGGAUGAAAUAUGACCCGUUCUUGACAGGUUUUGUGAGAUGACAUCCACCUGCAUGUGGUUUUGGGGAAACAAAUCAAUCACUGGAUAUUGCCUGUAUGUUUUUAGUUUUGCAGUUUGAUCAUUAUCAAAUUAAGAUGGGGUAUCAGAUUAGCUGUUAUGUUACCAUACUUUAAUUAAAAAAACCUUUAGAUGCUUUCCUUGUUUUACGAUUUUAGAUAUAACCCUUUUUGUUUAUAUAUUUUUGGUCUGUUGGCCUAAAAAUAAAAAAACCUGUAAAUGGGUAAAAAAACAAAACCUGUCAAAAAAUAUUUCAUCAAAAGUGAUUAAAAAUGUAAAAUAACAUUUUGCUUAAAGAAAACAAAGCAUAUUUAUGAAUAGAUUUUUUGUCAUAUUAAAACUCUAUAACUUCAUGAUGGUAAUACACAUAAUACACAUUAUAGUAAUAAGAGAAUGAGAUCAUCAUUGUGAUGAAAAUACUCAAAAUGCUUAUAAAAUGCUUGUUUUCUUUUAGCAAGGUUUAAUUUCUUUCCACCAAUUUCUGUAAAAAAAUGUUCAAGGUUUAUUAAUGCUGGGUAACAGACAUGGGUGUGUGGUAACCGCUGGUUUUACAGUAUAUAAGCACUCCAUUCCCUUGAAAAACCAACACUACACAGCCCUGGUGAUGGGUCUAGCUAAACGGUGUCACAUAAUUUUACAUCUUAUUGUAUUUUAUCAAACAGUGUUGUGCAUUUGGCCAUCUGUUGAAUAGUGCUGUUCAAUGGCACAUCUCAAUGAGUGUUGCAUUGUGUCUUUCAUUAUAGUACCUUGAACCGAAAGAGUAUGGUUUGUAAGCAUGUACUGUAAGAUUGUCUUUUUUUUGCAUAUUUGCAUAUGGGGUUUCUUAAAUAAAAAAUA